AUACCAAAAGUCAUUGCUACUCAGUUGAAAGGUGCUGGAGCAGAGGCUCGGUUUUCCGAUGAAGAAUAUGCAAGCCAUGGAGCUAAGGUCGUCGACAAAAAUGCAGCCCUCAAAGCCGAUAUCGUACUUAAGGUACGACCACCAUCAAUCAGUGAAGCGUCACUUUUGAAAGACAAUUCCACACUGAUCUCGUUUGUUUAUCCAGCUGCCAAUAAGUCCAUCGUUGAUGAACUGGCAAAAAAGAAAUUAAACUUAAUCGCAAUGGACUGUGUUCCGAGGAUAUCCAGGGCUCAGGUAAGCAAUUUUGAAGCUCUUUUUUUUAUCAUGCUCUACAAAUAUUUACAUAUAGCUUUUAAUUAUGUAUAUUUUUUUACUUCUCAACAAAGGUGGCUUGGAAUAAAGAGAUCCACCCAUCUUCAGGGUGCCAUUGUUCGUGGUUUCGAUACCCGAGAAGCAGUUCGAGAGCAGAUUCAAUCACUGGGUGGAGAAUUUCUCACGGUUAACAUAAAAGAGGAAGGUGAAGGAGCUGGUGGAUAUGCAAAAGAAAUGAGCAAAGAAUUCCUGAAGGCAGAAAUGGAUUUAUUCGCUAAACAGUGCAAGGAAGUAGACAUAAUCAUUUCAACUGCACUUAUUCCUGGAAAGCCUGCACCUCGUUUAAUCACUGAGGAUAUGAUUCGUACGAUGAAACCUGGAAGUGUUGUAGUCGAUUUAGCGGCUGAAGCCGGUGGUAACAUUGAAACCACAAAACCAGGACAAUGUUAUACAAAGCAUGGAGUUGUACAUAUUGGUUAUGUUGAUUUGCCAUCAAGGCUUCCUACUCAAGCCAGUACUUUGUACGCUAAUAACAUUUCAAAACUUCUCCUAUACAUGAGCGAUAAGGACUCCUUCAAAAUGAAUCUCUCCGACGAGGUGAGUGGCUAUUUUCGACAUGUCCGAGUUGAUUAUGAUGGAUUACGAUUAGGUUCUACCACUUUUUCAAUCCAAAUUCUUUCAGGUUUGGGAACUCUUCCUGUUUUGGGAGUAGUGUCUCCGAAUCUCGAUUUCGCUGCUAUGACCACUACAUUUGCUCUGGCUGGAAUAGUAGGUUACCACACUGUAUGGGGAGUAACUCCUGCUCUUCAUUCUCCAUUGAUGUCUGUGACAAAUGCCAUCUCUGGGACCACCGCCGCCGGAGCUCUUUGCCUUAUGGGAGGAGGCCUACUACCAUCAACCCCAGCCCAGUCGCUUGCUCUUGGAGCCGCAUUCAUCUCAUCAAUUAAUAUCGGUGGAGGUUUUCUGAUUACAAAGCGAAUGUUGGAUAUGUUCAAGCGGCCAGGUGAUCCACCGGAGUACAAUUAUAUGUACGCAGUACCAGCUGCACUAUUCCUCGGAGGUUAUUUCUAUGGUUUACAAACGGGUGCACCUUCGGCACAUUCUCUUGCGUACCUUGGCUCAUCUCUCUGUUGUGUAGGUGCCUUAGGAGGACUCUCAAGCCAAAAAACAUCACGUGUUGGUAAUGCGUUAGGUAAGUUUACUUUAUUUAUAGCCAUCUGGGUCUCGGAUUUACCUCAAUUAGUGGCAGCGUUUCACUCAUUUGUCGGUUUGGCUGCAACCAUGACAUGCCUAGCUGACUUUAUUGUAGAGCAUCCACAUUUCGUUGCUGAUCCAGCAGCAUUUACUGCUGCCAAGAUGUCUUUGUUCCUUGGUGCAUACAUUGGUGGUGUAACAUUUACUGGUAGUCUGAUGGCAUAUGGAAAGCUUCAAGGUAUUCUUGGCUCAGCGGCUACCUAUUUACCUGGCCGACAUGCCAUAAAUGCGGGAUUGUUGGCUGGAAAUAUCGGUGCCCUUGGUUUGUACAUGACAACUGAUGACUUUUCUACUGGUCUUGGUAUGCUUGGUACGACAGCUGGCCUUAGCAGUCUCAUGGGAGUGACAUUGACGAUGGCCAUUGGAGGAGCUGAUAUGCCUGUUGUGAUAACCGUACUGAACAGUUAUUCCGGAUGGGCUCUAUGUGCCGAAGGUUUUAUGCUCAAUAAUGAUUUACUAACGAUUGUUGGAGCUUUGAUAGGAAGUUCCGGAGCUAUUCUUUCUCAUAUUAUGUGCAAAGCAAUGAACCGCUCACUAAUUAGUGUCAUCCUUGGUGGUGUUGGAACGAAAUCACAAGGAACUGGUAAAGCAAAAGCUAUUGAAGGCACGGCUACGGAGACAAACGUUAAUGAGACAGUCGACUGGCUCACGAAUGCCCAAUCGAUAAUCAUCGUACCCGGUUACGGAUUGUGUGCAGCCCAAGCCCAGUACCCUAUAGCCCAACUAGCCAAGGAACUCACUGAUCGUGGAAUCCGAGUACGGUUCGCAGUCCAUCCUGUUGCCGGACGAAUGCCUGGACAGCUGAAUGUACUACUUGCGGAAGCAGGGACUCAUGCAUGGCUCAUUCUGCCACAAGAUCUUGUUGUGCGAACGAAGCUUCUCCCUGACCUAGUACGUGCUUGCUUUCAGGUUGUGAUAAUGAAACGAACAUUGGGAGUCGGUUAUGCGGCCGUGGACAAUCCAGUGUUCUUCAACGAGAAUACAGCCAUGCUGUUGGGUGACGCAAAGAAGAUGUGCGAUCAACUUUUGGCCACAGUCCAAGCCACUCCACACUAG